CUAGUCCCCUUUCCUUCUGUUAUCCAUGCAAGAGUGAAAGCGAAAACAGUCUCCGCGCCUGAACAGGUGAAGCACACUGCUGCAGGGACUUUUGCCUGGGAGACACUGACUUUCUUCCUCGUACGGGCUGUUUUCAAUAAAGCCCCCUGGAAAUCCAGAAGAUGAGGAGGAGAGCCUCACUGUAGGGAGAGGGAUCAGCUGCCAGGCUCUCAGGAGAGCAAGGAACUGCUGCUGCCAGCUAAACCAGUUACUCCUCCUCCUACUAAAAACCAGAUACCUGAGCCCAGUGAAAAAAUGGCGUCUCCAGCAGAACCAGCCUCCCCAGUACAAAGCACUGAGGAUGAAGGAACGGAUUCUGUUUCUGAUCUGAAUAGCUCACCGGUGAACAAUCUGGAGGCAAAGAGCCCCGAAAGUGCUCUCAAAAGAAUGUUAAGCUUCAGGAGAAGUAAACGAAGUCCAGCCAAAGACAAAGCAAGCGAAGACUCUGGCACCCUGAGACGAAACAAAGGUUUUACACUGAAAGGCUUCAAACAAAAUGAAGAGGGCAGCAGUGCUAAAAACAUGACCAACAGCAGUGUGGACAAGAGUGGGGAGAAUACAGGGGCAGAGCCCAUUCUCGCAGUUACUCCUCCUCCUUCUGAAAAUCAGAUACCUGAGCCCAGUGAAAAAAUGGCGUCUCCAGCAGAACCAGCCUCCCCAGUACAAAGCACUGAGGAUGAAGGAACGGAUUCUGUUUCUGAACUGAAUAGCUCACCCGUGAACAAUCUGGAGGCAAAGAGCCCCGAAAGUGCUCUCAAAAGAAUGUUAAGCUUCAGGAGAAGUAAACGAAGUCCAGCCAAAGACAAAGCAAGCGAAGACUCUGGCACCCUGAGACGAAACAAAGGUUUUAUACUGAAAGGCUUCAAACAAAAUGAAGAGGGCAGCAGUGCUAAAAACAUGACCGACACCAGUGUGGACAAGAGUGGGGAGAAUACAGGGGCAGAGCCCAUUCUCUCAGUCAUGGAAAUAAAUGAACUUAUUCAGAAAAAGCAACUUUUGGAGGCAUUUGCAAGCAUCAGGUGUUUGGAGAAAGAAGUUAUAACUGAAAAAGAGGCCAAGAAAUAUGAAGACAAUCCUACAGAAUAUGCCCGGAAAGCCAAGGAUGUGGAUUUGCUUUGUAACUCUGUUGCUAACUCAAUCAGAUCCAUUGUGGAGGAAACACUUGAUCAGUGCGAUAUAGAUGAAAGUCUGUUGACUUCUAUGGUGACCGUAAUCUCCAAGGAAGAAAAAGUUCAUGCUGAUGUACAGAGCCCCAGCUCUUCAGAAUCGGACGGGGUUGGCAGACCCAGAAAAUGGCGAGACGUGUGGAAGGAAGCUGUCAGAGGGAGUGCUGAAAAGAGAGUCCGUAACGUGCCUAUUUCAUUGAAGGAGGACAAUGAUUCUUGGCUCGCUAUCCAUUUAGGGUUCCUCAGAAAAUGUGUUAUUGAAGAUUUAUUGAAAAUCAAGCAGUCAUUACAAAAGUGUUACCCAGAUGAUUAUAAAGUUUGUGGAAGAUACGUGGAGUCCUUUCACGGAGCCAUUUCUUCACACCUGCAAAAUCUCUUGCAGAGACCCUUGGAAUUCAAUGAACUUUACGCAUUACUUGAUUGGGUUGUUAACACGUACUAUAGCAAAACUCUCCUGGGACACCCUGAUCUCCAAGCGGAGGUAAAGACUGAGAAUCUCCCUCAGUUGUUACCAUCAGAAACUUGGGAUAAACUGAAAAAGGACUACAAGGAUUCUCUAGCGGAGAAAAUAAAGCACUAUUUGGAUAACAUUCUGAAGCUGGAGACCAGAAAAAAGUGGAAGGAGGAAAAGCAGCCAGAAACCUCACAAACCGAGUACGACUCAUCGCUGUCCUUGGAUAUUCAAACGUUCAUUGGACAGCAUAAGAACGAAUCUGGCAAAAUCUUGGGAAGUCUGGAAACUGCAACUCUUGAGAUCAGCAUAAGAGAACUGAGAGAAUUCAUACCAAGAUUCAGGAAGGCAUUUGUGGAGUGGUACAAAGAGAGAGAGGAUUUGUUGUUUGUGCCAUAUUUAGUAGCCUACGUUAACAGCUUCCGUGAUUUGAUGAGAGGCUUACAAACAACAUUUAACGCUGACACUACAGAACUGGAAAAUGUCCUGACUGAUGUGACAAUGAGCUUCAGAAAGGAUGUUCUUGAUAAAUUAAAACAAAAAACGCAGCCACUCUUUAAGAAAAUUCUGACCAAUGCAUGGAUGUUAAAUAGUGAAAUACUGGACUCAGUAAUGUCAGCAACUGUACAAUUUUGCCAACACCUAAAACAUUUAGAGCAGCCUGUUAACAAGGAUUUUCUAGGGGAUGCUCACAAGUACGUGGUGAGAGAGUACAUCACACAGGCUAUCAAACCGAGAAAGAGAAUGAAGAGAGCCAAGCGGGAAAAGGUUGGCAAAAAGAUGAAGGAAGAAGCUACUGUCAUACAUAAGCACUUCAAAGAGCUGGGCUCUGAUGUGGAUUGGCUUAAUUCUGCCAUUCAUUACAUUGCAAACAUAAUUUCCGAGAAGAACAGAUGCAAAAUCAAGGAAUAUAUUGAGGAAAUAUGUCAGGCUUAUCCAGAUGUCAGAAAGGAACAUAUUGAAGCUGUUCUCACCUGUCGAGGAUUGGACCGGAACAAGAAAAAGUCCAUUAUUCAGAAAAUAGACAAACUCCAAGAAAAUGCAGAAAGCGCGGCUGAUAGAACACUCUUUGCCGACAUUGACACUCCAACUCUUGUCACAUGCUUUUAAAGCCCAGCUAGACAACAGAAAUAAAAGCAUCCAAAAUUUUUACAGUUCUUCUAAGUCAUGUUCCUAAACAUGACUCCUGCUCCUCCCUGCCCAUAACUCAAAGCAUUGUAACAGAUGUACAGAAAUUGACUCUCAUUUCUAGAAGACAAGGACAAUGGAGGAGUCAAUAUAUUGCACAAAGAGGUCCCUAAGCAAGCCCUGAUAAAUACCUAGAGAAUAGUUAUCAAUGAUUCACAGUUGAGCUGGAAGGGCAUAUCAAGCAGGGUCCUGCAGGGAUCUGUCCUGGGUCAGGUUCUAUUCAAUAUCUUCAUAAAUUAUUUGGAUCAUGGCAUAGAGAAUACACAUACAAAAUUUGCAGAUUAUACCAUGCUGGGGUUGCAAGCAGUUUGGAGGACAAGAUUAGAAUUCAAAAUGAUCUUGACAAACUGGAGGAAUGGUCUGAUAUAAACAAGAUGAAAUUCAGUAAGGACAAAGGAAAAAAGUGUUCCAAUUAAGAAGGAAGAAGCAAUUGCACAAAAUGAGAAGGGACUGCCUAGGAAGGAGUACCGCAGAGAGGAUCUGGAGUUUGUAGUGUAUCAACAAACUAAAUAUGAGUCAACAAUGUAAUACUGCUGCAAAAAAGGCAAACAUCAUUCUGGGAUUUAUUAGCAGAAAUGUUGCAAGGAAGACACAAGAAGCAAUUCCCACGUUCUACUCAGCACUGAUAAGGCCUCAGCUGCAGUAUUGUGUCCAGUUUAGUGCCCUCCACAUUGGGAAAGAUGUGGACAAAUUAGAGGAAGUCCAGAGGAGAGCAACAAAAAUGAUUAAAGGUCUAGAAAACAUGACCUAUGAGGGAAGAUUGAAAAAACAAGACCGGGGGUGGGGGAGAGGUAUGAUAACAGUCUUCAAGUAUGUAAAAGAUUGUUACAAAGAAGAGAGUAAUAAAUUCUUCUUUUUAACCACAGAGGACAGGACAAGAAGCAAUAGACUUAAAUAGCAACAAGGGAGGUUUAGGUUGGAAAUUAGGAAAAACUUCCUAACUGUCAUGGUUGUUAAGCACUGGAACAAAUUACUUGGGAGGUUGUGGAAUCUCCAUCAUAGGAGGUUUUUAUGAAGAGGUUGACAAAAAACCAUUUAAGGAUGGUCUAGGCUUACUUGGUUUUGCCUCAGUGCAGGGCCCACUUCCUUUCCCGCAAGUAGGGCCUCCCCCCCCAAUCGCUUCCCAGUAGGUCUGGGUAGGGUAACCUCCCCACUACCCCUACCUGCUGCCACUGGAAAUGCCCCUGGACCUCCAGGGGAACUCGGGCUAUCCGAUAGCUCCAGGUGUCCCCAUGGACACACCGAAGGGCUACCUUUGUCCCCAGAACCAUCCAAUGUGUCUUCACCAGACCCUUACCGACCAGUGAGCAGGUGGAGGCAGAGCCCACCAAACCCUUUUGGGGCUUCCCCCCACCAACACGGGAUUGGUGGUUAAGGGCCAAUUUUCCUGGUUCCCCCCACCCCCCAGUCCACCCACAAAAGUCUGCUAGCCCACACUCCAUUUGAGGGCAGUCCUGUUUUUUUAUGGCCAGGGCGCCCGCACUGCCAACAGGUCAGGAAGGCAAAGGACUUGGGGGCCUUGGAGCCGACCCUGAAGUUGGGGUAUCUAGGCACCCAGCAAUCUCAGAGAGAGGUCCAGAAGGGGCAAGGGAACACUCAGACAAAGCCUGAACAGGACUGUGGACUCUGUCAGGCUAAGGGACAUGUGUGGGAGACCUGCCCCUACCGUGGAGGUGAGGCCUAAGAACCCCGGGGAGGACCCGCAGGAACCAACAGCGGUAGAAAAAGAAACCCCUCCGAAGGGCCAAUAUGUCCGGCCGAGAAGAGGCCGGAGCUGGUUGAGCCUGAGGGCUCAUUAAAGGUGGGAGGUGAGUCACAGGGCAGAGGUAUAAAACCUUUGACUGCCCUGUUAAAGAGCCGGCUUCCACCUGUUUCCCUGUAGGGUGGCCAGGUGUAUGUAGGGUGACCAGAUCGCAGGAAGUGAAAUAUCAGGACACAUUG